UUGAGAACCUCUUUCUGAUUGCAGCUUGUCCAUGUGACUUGGUUUCCGUUGCCUGCCUCCUGCUUCCGUGAAUAGUAAAAAAAAGAGGCAUCAGUGGUUCAGCGAGAGCAGAAGCAGGCAGCUGAACUUCACACACGCGAACGUGCUCUGCAACGGCGAGUCAACCAGCGUUAUGGUCAGGGGAUCAACCAUCGGUGGCUUGGGAAAUCUUCACCUAACCACCAGGUAAAGAUGUUAAAAUGCCGGUCCACGGACUCACUCCCAUCCUGCUCUGCUUGUUACACGUCUGGAUUAUCCCGAGCCCAGCAUCGAGUCAUCCACAGCUCAGCGAAUGUCGGCUGAUACAAAGAACAGCUCUCUGCAACGAUGCCAAGCUCAGUUCUGUGCCUCCAGGAUUACCACGCAACAUAGAGGAACUUCAGCUCAACUACAAUCACAUCCAAACACUACAGGACGACUCUCUGCUCCGUUACCCUUCACUAACCAGUCUGAGCGUAGCAUGUAACAGUUUGGAGAAAUUAGAAUCAAACACUUUUCAAGACUUAAGCUUGUUAGAAAGCCUCAAUUUGGCAAAUAACAACCUGUAUAUUGGUUACCCAGAAACCAGCCAGGCAUUAAAGAAGCUACCUGGUCUCAAAGUUCUGGAUCUGUCAGAGAACAAACUUGAGGAUGAAAUGGCAGCCACUCUUCUCCAAAAUCUGACGUCCUUAGAGUACCUCAAUCUUUCUGGAAACCUCUUGCGGAGAUUGGACGAGACCUCAUUCAGGGACCUGAACAAGCUAAAAGAGCUCAACCUGCAAAGGAACAUCAUAUUCGAGAUUGAUGGCGCCUUUGCCAGCAAUUCCAAGCUCCAGCGGCUCAACUUGGCCUUCAACAAUCUGCCUUGCCUAACAGACUUCCACAUGACCCACCUAGUGGUCCUCAAUGCCAGCCACAACUUCAUUGAGUGGUUCAUCUCCAGACAAGACCUUAAUGACACUUUCCAGCUGGAGACACUUGAUCUUUCAGAUAACAAACUGCUCUUCUUUCCUUUCUUGCCCAGCCAUAGUCACUUACGCAACCUUUACCUGUCCCACAACAGCCUUAGGUUCUACGAACAACUGGCAGACAAUGCCACGUCCCCAAACGCAACUACAACUGUUGAGUUCUACAACCUGAGGAAGUAUGCGAGCAAUGUGACUGCCGAGUUGUGGGAUGACAGUCUUCAUGGGGACGUCUCUUCUCUAGAGAUUUUGGAUCUAAGAGGAAACCAGGUAGAGUAUUUCCCCUACGGAUUCAUCCAGAAAAUGCCCUUCCUGUCAAGACUUCAAAUGUGCACCAACUGUCUGAAGUCCUUAAAUCUAACUUACGAACAGUUCCCUGGCAGCUUGUACGAGCUGGACAUCAGCAACAACAGGCUGAAGCAGGUUGUAGCAGAUGAAGGAACGCUGGCGGUUCUUGGCAAUCUGACCUACUUCAACCUGAGCCUGAAUGAUCUUGAGUGGUUACCCCCGAGAUUCUUUUCCUCACUGCCAAGCCUCAGGUCGGUGGAUCUCAGCUACAACCACAUUGACAUUUGUCUCUCGGAGGAAGCUGAGAUCAGUACAGACCUUGUCUCAUCUUGUGUGGAUUGGAGAAAUGUUGUGUCCCUUGGGCAGCUUUACCUCAAAGGAUGCAACCUUGAAUUAAUUCCAUCGUCUGCAUUUGCAGGGUUGUCGCUAACGCACCUGGAACUGUCCGAUAACCCUGGACUUGUCCUACAAUCAAUACAAAGCCUCAGCAGAACUUUGCAGCAUCUAGGUUUGGGAAACACUCACAUUCAAGACUUUGACUUCUCCCAUUUGAAAAAUCUGAAGUUUUUAAACAUUUCAAGGAACUCUCUCGCCCACCUUUCCCCUUCACUCCUAACUCUUGAUCUGAAAGUGCUCGACUUGAGGGACAACAGACUGUCCACUAUCCCCCACGGUCUGGCUAACGCAUUAGCUCCAAACCUUCAGAUUGUUUUCCUCACAGGAAAUCCGUUCAACUGCUGCCAAACAGAAUGGUUCAGGGCCUUUGAAAAAUCAAAGACAAUCCAAAUGGUCGGACUAUCAGACAUCGAAUGUGAAGAUCCCGUGCGAACACAGCAAUUGCAGCACUUAGAGUCAUCUGUGUGUUUUAACGAAGCUGGGGAAUCUAUAUACUGGUACAUUCUGCUCUUCGUAUCCAUAAGUCUUUCAUUUGUUGGCAUUUCAGUUAUGGUUCUUCUCACGUUCAAGCCCCAAAUGCUAAAAAAAUCUAUUAAAAAGAAGUGUCUGAAGUCUACAUCUUAUUGAUACCCCAAAUAAAACUGUAAUCUCCACAGCAUAUUACUGAGAAAUGUUAACUGAAUGUAUUUUGGUAAUGAAUUGAAUUAUUUGUAAAAGUGUCUGCAUUGAUGAAGGAGUAAUUGUAAAAGAGUAUGUAAAUAACCUUGUGUUGGGUUUUUCUUUACAUUGCUUAGUUUUGUUCAUUGAAAUACGAUUCUAUACGGCUAUAUGACAUCCUUAUGUAAAACUGUGGCUGCGUUCUUGUGGGUGCAUGCGCGUGUGUGUAAGCUUGAGCGUGGGUGUAUGUGUGUGUCAACAUAUGCAGAAGUAAUGUGAUGCAAGCUGUUGCUAUAAGCAGCAGAGGAAACAUGAAAUUUCCUGUUUUGCUAAGAUGUGCAGCAACUGCCCAGUUCUGUAUCUCGGGGAGGAGGGGUCUGAGGUUUCCCUGCCAGUGGCAAUAAGAUGAAACAUGACGUUCCAGGGUGUCAUUUCUCCUGAGGAGUUGGAUCCAUAUAUUGAUGUUUGUUAAGUCUAUUCUGUUAGAAAACCCAGUGACAGGCAACUAAGUUUUAACAAAUAUAUCCACAGACCACGUGAGCAUUACACUGUUUAACAGGGGACAUAUCAGCCAUGUUUCUCACACACAGGGCAAGGACAAUUUAUUCCUCUAACUUUGUGUUCAUGUGUGCAGUUGCCCAAAAGCAGGAGUUGAUCUAGCUGCAGCAGAACGCCGGAGGCUUAACCAGAAAGAAACCAGAAUACCGCUGUGGUGAUGCUCAGGGUCAUGGUGGUUGGAGCUUAAAAAAAAGAGAAAGAGGAGCGCAGCCUCAUUAAAAGCCUCACAUUUUUACAUAUCUUUUUUUUUUUAAAUGUGUCACUGCUCAGUCAAAGAGCCAAAAUAGAUCUGAGCGAGUCUUUGCUGUUCCUGUGCAGGGCCGCGGUGAUGAAGCUUCAUCAUGCAAACAAGUUCAGAUAAGAGAAACAGAGACAACUCGGGGGCAGCAGCAGACUUUUCAUUUCCAGCUCCCCACCAUUCACCUUAUAAACAACGCGAACCAUGACCGGGUGCACAUCCUCUGAAUUCAUCAAGAAUCUUAAAAGAAGAAGAAAUCGAUGAAGUGCUGCUCGGCUGAUAAAAGGCAUCAACAGCCUUUUCAAAGUUGUAGAGUGGCAUUCAAGAAAUCAUCAUUUGCGGAAGGCCCUUUGACACUGGUGACAAACUGUUGACCAAGUGGAAUUUAAUUUGAUUAGUCAACUGUUUUUGGUCAGGAGUCAGAGGAUAUAUGAAUUAUGUCAGAGGGCAACACACGCACACACAGCUGCCAAACCUUGAUAAGAACUUUGUUGCUAACGCAGUGAAUACACUGGAAGCAAUGACCGGUGACAACAUAAGUGCUACAUAUGAAUAACAGAACUGUGCUGUCUUUAUAUAGCUCAGCAAAACUGCCAGACACACGGUGAUGCCGCUGAUCUGUCUUUGUAAAACACUGUAGUAAGAGGGUCUUGAGGCACUUGAGGUGUGUUACCAAAUAAACACAGCAAUACCCUCCA